AUGACAUUAAAGCCAUUAAAUGUGAGUCUCAGGCCGUCUGUGGUUCUGCAGGAGUUUUACACGGAUAGUCCAAAGACCUGUGAGGACUACGGACGCAUCAUCAACCGGCAGCACUUUAAGAGAAUCGUGGGUCUGAUGGAGGGCAGCACCGUGGCUGUCGGCGGAGACCACGAUGAAUCGCAGUGCUACAUUGCUCCCACCGUGCUGCAGGAUGUGACGUCCGACUCCAGAGUGAUGCAGGAGGAGAUCUUCGGUCCCCUGCUGCCCAUCGUGACAGUGGGAGGUGUGGACGAGGCCAUUCAGUUCAUUAACCAGCGGGAGAAGCCGCUCGUCAUCUAUGUCUUUUCCAACAGCAGUAAGCUGAUCAAACGUGUGAUUGCUGAGACGUCCAGUGGCGCUCUGCUGGCCAACGACUGUCUGGUCCACUUCACUGUCAGCGCGCUGCCUUUUGGAGGAGUUGGUCACAGCGGGAUGGGCUGCUACCAUGGGCGUCACACCUUUGACCAGCUCAGCCACCUGCGGAGCUGUCUAAUCAAAAAGCUCAAAAUGGAGGGUGUCAACAGCAUGCGCUACCCGCCGCACACCGCCAGAAAACUUGGCUGGGCACGAUUCCUCCUGCUGAAGCAUGUUGACGUGUACUGCAUGCGCCGCAUGACUCUGCUUGCCAUGGCACUGGGCUUAGCAGCUUUAGUGGUGCAGAGGUUCUGGAGAUAAACCUGAUCACCGGAGCUCCUGGGGGUCCUUGGAUGUCUGCAGGUUCUCGUCCCUCGCUGGUUUGAUCGGGAUGUCGGUCUCAGUGUGAAGAGUUCAGCUGCAGCAGUGGACGUACA